GGCGGUGUUACGAAUGAAGAAAUAACCAGUUGUUGUUACUUUAUGUUAAUGUGUUUUGAAAUCUUUUCCACUAUGGUCACACAAAAACCAGUGGAAUGGGUCUCUGCCCUCAUUAUAAGAUUCGAAGAACAGCUUCCUUGCAGAAGUGGACCUCAAACUACACAUUCUCGUAUCAAUGUGGAACAGAACAAGGAGAGCCUAAUUAACAUCAGCAAGCACAAAUUUUCCAUGGUAAUAUCAGGCUUAACAAGAAUCUUACACUCCGUUAAUGAAAUGCGCACACACGGUCAAAUUCAACCAGAAUUUGAAAACAACUUUUAUGAAUCCCAGUUGAUUGUAUUAGACACACUGGAAAAAUGCUUGAGUUGGCAACCCAAAGAAACAACAAGGUAUGAUGAAGCAAUGAAUGUGAAAGCACUGUUGAAAGAAUUGUGUCAGUUUAUUGACAUGCCUAAUGAGAAUCUAAUGGUUGUACAUCUGAAAAACCUUGCUUCAAAAGUUCUCUUUGCCCUGAGCUUGAAUAACUUUGGAGCUGUCUUCAGUAGGAUAUCUGCCAGACUUGAAGAACUUUCGAAAACGAACGAAGAAAACCCUGACUUUAUUGAUAUCGAACUAGUCCAACAUAUUAACGUGGAUGUAGGAAAACUCGUUAAACUUCUGAAUGAAAUAAACCAGAAGCUCAAGUAUCUGAAGAAAAAUGCUCAUCAUAUCCUUAUGGUCAGUUUGGAAAAGGUCAUUUGGAGCUGGAUGGACACAUAUCCUCAAGAAUUCAUGGAACUCCAGAAAAAACCCAAUGAAGAAUUAGCAGAUUGCUGUGAUAGGCUCUUUGAACUACUUGACAGUUUUGCAGAAAGCAACAAGAAAAAAGCAUCUGUUUGGCCUCUUCAGAUAAUGUUGCUGGUCUUAUGUCCAAAAAUUUUAGAGGAAAUUGUCAAUGCUGAUUCAGGAGCUCCUUGCUCACCUAGACAUUUCAGAAAGCGUCAGUUUGUUGAGAGCGUGAAGAAAGCCCUUGUCCCACAUGCCACCAGCAAACAGUUAACAGAGGCAGCUGCCAUGACUUGUGUGAAGCUGUGUAAAUGUUCUACUUAUAUUAAUAUUCUUGACAGCAACAAUGUGGUGUUUGCAUUGGUUCAGUCAGUUAUCAGUGACCUCAAGUUUCUUCUUUUCAACCCCAGUAAGCCAUUUUCUCGCAGUCAGUCAUCUUUAAACCAGGAUAUAGACUUGAUGAUCGAUUGCUUUGUCUCCUGUUUUCGCAUCAACCCUCACAACAAUGAAGCUCUUAAAGUUUGUCUCAACCCAAAUUUCCCUUCUACCUAUCAUUUUGUUCUUGUGUGUUCUCUUUACCGUAUCAUAACUCAACCCCGCCUCACCUGGUGGCCAAAAAUCGAUAUUGUCUAUAACAAAGCUCCAGAUCUUCGUUGCAUGUUCAAUGACACUGUCACAAAAGUCACCCAGGGUUGCGUUAGUCACAACCCUUUACGUAUGAUUCAGAGCCUCACACUGAAGGAGAAAGUCAGCACACUCAAAUUCAAAGAGAAAUCGUCCGAGGAUUCACUGAGCUACAAGAACUUGUUACUUUGGAUGGUGAGGUUGAUUCGUGCAGCCCCUAUGUUAAUGUUGAAUAAUCAAGGAAAAACAAGACACGAAAUACAAAGCAGCACACAAGAACUCAUCAACGGUCUUGUUGCUCUCGUCCACCAGACGUCUAUGCCUGAUGUCUCUCAGGAAGCCAUGGAAGCUCUAUUAAUACUUCAUCAACCAGAUAACAUUGAAAUGUGGAACCCCGAAGCUCCUAUUAAUACAUUUUGGGAUGUAAGCUCCCAAGUCCUGUUUUCCAUAUCCCAGAAACUUAUACAGCAUCAGAUAGUGAAUUACUGUGAGUUGCUCAAGUGGUUACGGGAAAUUCUCAAGUGUCGGAACGCAUUUCUGUUAAGGAAUAAAGAUUACGCUAACUUGGGUAGCAAUGUGGCAGUCUCUAGACAGGCACAUAUCAAACUGGAAGUGGUGUUUUUCAUGUACCUGUGGAGCAUUGAGAUCGAUGCCGUUCUUGUUACAAUGUCCUGCUUUGUACUCUUGUGUGAGGAGACCGACAUCCGUAGAGGUCAGGAUGACUUAUCUGUUACUUACCUCUUACCAAACUACUGUGUUUACCAAGAACUGGCUGCGGCGAGCACUGUUCUCACAACGGGGCGGGCAGCUUUACAGAAACGGAUCAUGGCGUUGCUUAGAAAAAUUGAACAUUGCACUCAAGGGUGUUCUCAGGCCUGGGAAGACACGUUUCUGAACUGGGAAGUGGUCACGAAGCUGCUAAUUAGUUAUCCAAAGACAAAAUUAGAAGAAGGCCAGAUAUGUGAAGGAUUUCAUCGUACUAUUGGCAAGAGGAGAGCUUCCCAUCAAAGCACGGAACAUGAUCUAGAGGACCAACUGAAUGAAUGGGCCAACAUGACUGGCUUUUUAUGCGCUUUGGGAGGGGUCUGCUUACAAAGGAAGCCAUUGCCAAGACCUAG